UUCAGAAGGGCAAUGAACAGAGGCAACAUCAAUGCAAAAAAGCUAAAACUUCCGAAUUCGGACUUCAGAAUCAAAGAAAAAUAUAAGACAGAUCUCAUCCCAAAACCAAAGUAUAUAGACUCCCAUCAAUUGCUUUUCAAUACGUCACCUGCAGACGGAUUGUGUUGUCGUCACGUAUGCCAAAAAUACCGCCACCAUCUUGAUAAUACCAGACGAACUCUUGACAAGGAAAACAAUUUAGAAUAUAACAAAGGAAAUUGUUCCCAAACGGACUACAUAAGAAACAACUUGUGCAUCAAGUCCGGAAUAGGAAAUCACGAAGUGUUCGGAUUUGAGAUGAAGAAAGUGAGCUUUCGAAAUUAUAGACCUAAGAUUCUCAAUCAAGAAACGAACUUGGGAAUGUGGAUAUAAUGGAGAAGUAGUGAUCAUGAUUCUUAGUCAAUACCGAGGCUACAAAUAAAAAUUCAGAAUUGAAAAGUAAUAAUUUCUUGAAGAUUACCAGUUACAGUUAACUAAAGACAAAAUGUCAAUGUUAGCAGCAAUGGGACAAGUUGCCAAUUUUGCAAUUGGAAUAGCAGCGAACCCAUUCGCUUUUUUAGGACUAGUUCCCGUGUUUGCAGCAGCGUUGGCCUUCAUGAGAUACCUUGCAGUAGACCCGGAAGCUCAUCCUGUGAACACUAGACAUGUAAGAUCGGAAUACGAUUUCAUAGUCAUAGGGGGAGGUUCAGCUGGAGCAGUCGUAGCUUCCAGGUUAUCCGAAAUAGCAAACUGGACCGUGCUUCUCGUUGAAGCAGGAGGUGAUGAAAACGAAAUAUCCGAUAUACCGUCCUUGAGCGGAUAUACCCAAAUGUCGUCAAUGGAUUGGAUGUACCAAACGUCUCCUCCUGCAGAAUCGCCAUAUUGUUUAGCGAUGAUAGGAGAUAGGUGUAACUGGCCAAGGGGUAAAGUUUUGGGAGGUUCCAGUGUCCUCAAUGCCAUGAUCUAUGUUAGAGGUAACAAGCUUGAUUAUGACUAUUGGGAACAACAAGGAAAUCCUGGAUGGUCUUACAAAAACGUCCUACCAUACUUCCUGAAAUCCGAAGAUAACAGGAAUCCCUACCUAGCCAAAACACCGUAUCACUCCACCGGAGGUUAUUUGUCAGUCCAAGAAUCCCCGUGGAGGACUCCUUUAUCCAUAGCUUUUCUACAAGCUGGCAGAGAGCUAGGGUAUGAGGUUAGAGACUGUAAUGGAGAGAAACAAACUGGAUUCAUGCUAUCACAAGGAACCAUACGAAGAGGGUCGAGAUGUUCCACAGCCAAAGCCUUUUUGAGACCUGUCAGGAAUAGGCAAAAUCUGCAUAUAGCCAUGUAUGCUCAAGCUACGAAAGUCAUGAUACAUUCGAAAACCAAGAGGGCUUACGGCAUCAAGAUGGUGAGGAACAACCGACCGCAAAUGGUGAGGGCCCGCAGAGAAGUCAUACUUAGUGCUGGUGCCAUCGGAUCUCCUCAGAUAUUGAUGCUAUCUGGAGUUGGUCCAAAAGAACACUUAGAAUCCUUGAAGAUACCAGUACUGAGCGAUCUGAAAGUUGGAUACAAUUUACAGGAUCACGUUGGUUUGGGAGGCUUCACUUUCAUAGUUGACGAUCCCAUAACUUUCACCAAAAAGCGAUACCAAACUAUGCAAGUUGCCAUGGAAUACAUAAUUCGUGAGAAAGGACCCAUGACGUCUCUUGGUGGAGUAGAAGGAUUGGCCUUCGUCAAUACGAAGUAUGCUCCAAGAUCCGGGCAAUGGCCAGAUAUCCAGUUUCAUUUUGCUCCUAGUAGCGUCAAUUCUGAUGCGGAACAAGUCAGGAAGGUAACGGGCCUUCGAGACAGCAUCUUCAAUACCGUCUACAAACCUCUGAAAGACGCUGAAACUUGGACAAUCCUUCCGCUGCUAUUGAGACCGAGAAGCACUGGCAGGAUCAAGCUCAAAUCCAGAGAUCCUUCGGUGUAUCCAGACAUAAAUCCAAAUUACUUCACCCACAAAGAAGAUAUCCAAACAUUGACGGAAGGAAUCAGAAUUGCUCUUAACGUUUCAGCUUCGAGGGCGUUUCAACGGUUCAAAUCAAGACCUCACAAAAUUCCUUUUCCAGGUUGCAGACAAUUCGCCUUCGACACUGACGAAUACUGGGAAUGCUCCAUCCGACAUUUUACUUUCACCAUCUACCAUCCAA